AUGGCACAGGAUAAGAUUAAGGAUGGCACUUCACAAGCCUGUAAUGAGAAUAAAGAAUCCCCCGUUAACGACACGGCCUCGCCUUUAGAUCGUAAACGCAGUGACGGCACUUCAGACACAUCCGCUCAUGGUGAACAGGAUACUGUGGCAUCCAGCCCUAAAAUGGAGGACUUGGUUAAAAUGAGUGCUAAUUAUGCAAUGAUUGGGAAUAAGCUAGCUGGUGCUGGAGAUUUCAAAAUGGCUGCUCAGUAUUUCACAGAAGCUAUUAAAUACAACCCCACAGAGUUUAAGUUAUUUGGAAAUCGUGCGUUUUGUUUUGAAAAGAUGCAGGAGUUUGAGAAGUCCCUCAGUGACGCCGAGCUGUCUCUGAGCAUGAGUCCAGGCUGGGUCAAAGGUCACUUCAGGAAAGGCCGAGCUCUGGCAGGGCUCAAGAGGUACAAGGAGGCGGCUGCUGCUUUCAAAGACAUUCUUGAACUGGACAGCUCCAGCAAAGAAGCGGCUCAAGAAAUGAUGAGAGUACAGACUUUGCAACUAAUGGAGUGUGGGAGUGAGGACAAAGCUCAAAAGGCACUUUUGACGUCAAAGAAAGAAGACAAUCCUGCAGGAAUAUGGACAUCUCCUGAUUUGGGAAAAGCAAAUGCUGUUCAAAGCGUGCACUUUCCACCCUCCAUAACUGCCACAGCUCCUCUCACCGUGCCCCAACAAUCACCAGCCAAGGUUUCCAAUCGCCAGUUACCGGAAUCCCUGAAACUGAAAAUGAUAGAUGCUCACAAAGCUGGAGAAGGCUACAAGAAGAUCGCAAAACGACUCCAAGUACCAAUUCCCUCGGUUCGCAAUGUUAUUAAGAAAUGGCAGUUAACAGGAACAGUGGAGGUGAAGGAGCGGUCGGGAAGGCCGAGGAAGAUCACAGACAUAAUGGUCCAUAAUAUUGUGACUAAAGCCAGUCAGAACCCGUAUCUGACUGUGAAAGCCAUGCAGGAAGAGCUGGCCCAAACUGGAGUUGUAGUCCACUGUUCCACGAUAAAGCGAUACCUGUACAAACAUGGUGUUCAUGGGAAGAGCCUUCAGAAGAAAAGCACUUCCGUUUCUUCAGCACAAACAUUACCCUCCUAA